CAAGGAGCGCGCAGGGGCUCCCCAAAGCGGGCAGGGCAGGAGAAGGUCUUUGGGGCCGGAGGGAAGAGACGGGGGCCGGAUUCCCAGGCUGGGGACCUCCUGUUGCGCUCCAUCUAGGCGGCGGAAGCCUCUUUAAGGGAGGGCGCGGAGAGAGAGCGCUUCCCGGGCAUUUAGACGGGAUUCCCAACGGGGUUUUAGCCCCGGAUCUUCUUUCCAACGCCAGGGAUGCCUCGGCCCUGAAGACGGACGAGGCAUCCAAUAAGAGAAGCUCGAAGCACGUGCAAAGGGUCUCGCGCCUCCUCCCCACAGAUCUGGAGGAAAAGGGGAAAGGAAGGGACUUAAGAGCCCAGGUGCAAGGAGCUCGGUUUUCCUUUAAGAAAUUGAUGAAAUGAAAAGCCCCUCCCACCUGUUGCACCUCCACUGAAAUGGCUCAGGAUGGUGGCUACCCUGGUCCUCCAGGUGACCUUCAGCCUGAUUGGCUGGUUCUCCCUCUACACAUGGUCUUGCCGUUGGUUCAAAGGUCGCACCUACGAGUGGAACUGCAGGCUGGUCGCUCUGACUCACGGGGUCCUGGCAACAGGCCUCUCCGGCUACAUCAGCUUCAUCCAUGGCCCGUGGCCUAUGUCUUACCCAGGGUCACCUAACACCACUCUGCAGGUCCAUGCGCUAUGCAUGAGCUUGGGUUAUUUCCUCUUUGACCUUGGUUGGUGUGUCUACUUCCAGGCAGAAGGGGCUCUGGUGCUGGCCCAUCACACCGUCUGCAUCCUAGGCAUCACCAUCUCCCUCGCCCUGGGCGAGUCAGCCACAGAGGUCAUCGGGGUCAUCUUUGGCAGCGAGAUCACCAACCCGCUGCUGCAGGCCCGUUGGUUCCUCCGGGAGAAGGGGCUCUACCACACACUUACAGGGGAUGUGGUGGACUUCUUCUUUGUGGUGCUCUUCACAGGGGUGAGGAUCGGGGUCGGGGCGUGGGUGAUGUACUGCGUGUUGAUGUCACCCAAGCCCAAGUGGUUCAUCAAGGUCAGCGGGGUGAUCAUGUACACCAUGUCUUGGGUCUUCAUGGUAGGCAUCUGCCGGUUCGCCCAGAGGAAGAGCAUGAAGAAGUACCAUGCCUGGAGGAGCCGGUGGAGCAAAGAGAUGAACUUGAACACCAACGGGCACCUGAAGGACCAUUGACACCCAAUCUGGGUGUCAAUGUUCAUGAUCUGGUUAGCAUGGGGCGGGGCAAGUUUCCAAAGGUCUGGUUCGCAGGGCCAUGUGUGCAAGACAGGUCACAUUGGAAUGAAUACCCCGGGCUGUCUAGUAGAUACGUAGAGUGCUGGAUUAAGACUGGGGAGACCCUUGUUCCAAGACCUCCUUAGCCACGAAGCUCACUGGGUGACCUUUGCCAGCCACUUUCCUCUAAGCCCAACAUACCUCACAGGGAUUUUAUGAGGAAAAUAGGACAACUCCUGCCCUGGGUGUUUUGGAGGAAGGGCAGGAUACAAUCAUGAUCAGUUGAUAGACCCACAUCAUGCUGGAGUAGGCUGGAAUAGGUGUCAACUCCCGGGAAAUUUGCACUAUGGAAACAUUGGCAUAUUGUGCUGCAGACGAGGUGUAUUCAAUGAGACGAAAACACUUGUGCACAACACGAAACCUGUUUGCACUCCCAAGGCUGUGACCACUAGGAAUGCAAUUAACCACAACCACCUCCAGCAAUGUCACUACUGUACAUGAGAACAGAGGAUGCUCCUUUAUCUUGAGUGGGAUCAUUGGCCCAUGUCUACACUGUGCACUAACCGGCAGCUGAUCCCUAGUUUUUUCAGGCAAGCCAUGUUCCAGUCCCAACCCUAUCUACAGAUGUCUCGGGUUGAACCUCGAGAGGACUUGCUAAGAAGCACCAGUUCAUUUUUAUGAGACAUUUCCCCAACAUGCAAUUCAGGGAUCAGGAUAGCUUGUCAUUUGUAGCAUCCAAAGACUCUGAAAAGUGGCACAGGAAGAGAAAGAUUCCUAUUGUUGCCACUUUUUGAAUGUGUAAUAUGAUGCUGAAUUGGAACAAAGAUUCACCCAGCCGGUAUUUGUUUCUGGCAGGAAAGCCAGAUGUCAAGCCUGAAGCUGGCAGCAGCCCUUCCAUUCUGCCACCACUGCUGCCAAUAUUCGGGGGUAUUCCACCUCUAAGUGUGGCAGUUUCACUUAGCAAUCAUACUUAAGGGAAUGCUUCCAAUUUCUCUGAAGACCAGGCUUGAAAAUGGGAGAAGGUUGGGAUACAUCAACCCAUCUUGUGGUGGAACCCAGGUAGACAAAACCAUCUACCGCCUCCUGCCCCGGCUGCAACAAAUCAUGUCUCUCUGGCUUGACUUCACCCUCAAAGGCGCACCCCUCCAUGGAUGACAACCAUCAACCCAUCUUCUUAAACCACACACAAACGUAUCUUUCAGGAAUCGUUGCUCCAGUACGCCUGGGACUUCCCUGAACAGUAAAUCGACGUUACUUUGCCCAGUGUUAAUGAAAUAAUUGAUUAUUGUUGGUUUGAAGAUAAUGCCUGAAAGCAAAUUUUAGAAUUGGGGUGGGGGAGGGGGCCAAUCCUUAAAGUGGUUCUUGUUUCCUGAUAGCUUGCUGUUUUCUCUUAGGCACACUCUUCUGUAUUUUGAGUGAUAAUAAGCGGAAGAACUAAAAUCAGUGUUAUGGCGCUGUUAGGGUGAGAGAUGUUUGGGUUUGUCUCCCCUGUGGGCAAUGCUGAGAUCCUCUUAUUCAGCCAGACCAGAGCUGCAACAAAAGUCCUAUUGGUAGAUUUGGGACGAUCUGAACAGUGUCAUGCUCACGGGACUGGACUGAAAGUUUGUAGGUAUAGUUUCUAGCUGUUUCCUGGGCUGUGUGGUCUGGAUGUUGGUAGAGUGAGUUAAAAGUCCCAGGUAGGCAUUAUAUGCCAGGGUUGAAGUAUCGAGGCACCUGACAGCUUCCAUAGUAUGAGCUGCAAUGUGGCUGGGAUUUAUUUUGAUUCGUACCUGGGAUACUGGUUAAGCCGGCCCUAGGAGUUUGAACGAACUGAUUCCCUCCCUACCCCUCAGGGUUGUGGAGGAAGAAGAUGCCAUCUCUUGCUCUUAAACCUCAGGAACGUAGGAAACUGCCUUGUACUGGGUCAGAACUUAGGUUCCUGUAACUCAAUACUGUCUACACUGAUUGGCAGUGGCUCUCCAGUGUUCAGGCAUGGGCCACUCCCAGACCUGCAGAAGCCGGAGAUUGAACCUGGGACCUUCUGCAUGCAAGGCUAAUGUACUACUGAGCAAUGGUCCUCUCCAUUGUGUGUGUGUUUUAUAUAAAAAACACACCACUGUUCAUAAAAUCAGAGUGGUUUACAGGCGGCCAUUUUGCAUGGGGUUUUUUUUCCGUUCCCAGCCCCCGUAUGCAUUGGCUGAGUGUGCACAAGUAUGCCCCACCCCCAUUCUGCCCUCUUCUGGGUCCAAAAGGACCUGUGUGUCGGCAAUCGCACAUCAAUUAGACACACCUAAAAUGAUUGCUGCCUGUACAACAAUCAAUACAAUAAAAACCAUACAGAAAAUUUUGAACUCAGAAAUCAGCUUACUGUUAUGGAAAAGUGGGUUCCUAAUUUCCUGCAUAAGUCUUGCAUAAUAGUUCUCACCAGGUGUUUAGAAGAUGACAGAUGACAGUAGGUGAUUGCUGAAUCUCCAUCGACAAGAGUAUUCCACAAGACUGAACUGACGGCACUAAAAGCUAGGUUCCUUGUUGCUGUCAAAGGAGCCCCACCAACUAGAGGAACAACUAGUGGUGCUCCUGCAGAAAAUCCCAGUGAUCAGUCUGGGGUAUAAGGAUUCAGGGCGUCUCUAAGGUCCCUCGGACCUAAGUCGCUCAAGGCCUUGUAAAUUAAAAAAAGGGCCUUGAACCUGGCUUGGUACUAGAUGGGCAGCCAGUGCAGGUGUUUUAACAAUACUACCUCCAUCAGCAGUCUGGCUGCCCUAUUCUGCACCAGCUGGAGCUUCUGAACCAAGGGCAGCCCCACAAAAAGCACAUUGCAGUAAUCCAGCCUUGAUGUUGUGCAUGGGCAGCAUGCCUGCCAUUCAUCACUGGAUCUUGGAAUCGAUAUGGCUUUGAUAAUACAAUAGAGCAAAUAUAUAUAUCCUCUGAGGAUAAAUCUGGUAGCUUCUGCUUCCUAAAAAAUAAUAGUGAAAGGAACAAGUUCCUUAGCCUGGGUUGUUGUGGAUUUGUCCAUUCACUAGUUUAUCAUUGUGGGGAGCUGGGGACAAGGGGCUACUUAGCAUCUCAGCUUCAAUCCUCGGCAUCUCUAGGUAGGGCUGGGAGAGUCAUUACUAGCCUGGGUGGACCAAGGAAGUUUCCUUUGUUCCUAGGCUUGGGAGCCCUGGACUACCCAUUAAUAAUGUCCCUGCAGGGAUCUCUAUAAUGGCACUGAUGCUGCUGGGCCUCAUUAUAUAUAUAUACACAUGAAACUCUCCCCUUUUGCCUGGUCAGUGGGAUCUCUGUGCAUUAGAGGCGUGCAGGAUGGAGACAGACCUGUGCAAGAAAGAAAGCUGAGCCGAGUGCUUAACUUGGCAUAAUCGCCUUAUCCGCUGGAUAAGGAAGGUCACUCAAGCCACCCUGAUGCUUUGGAGUGGCAUCUGUGACGUACGGGAGCAACCGCUUCCUUGAUAAGGUAGUCCAAGUAUGGGCAGGUGCAAGAAACCGAUCUUGCAAAAAUCAAGGAAGCUGCGUUCGCUGCCAUUGUUCUCUGAAGGGCAAACAGGCUCCAAAUACAACACAAGAGUGUAGCCACGUGUCACAAUAACCAAACCUCAAGAUUAAUGGGAGCUGAAACGUAUGCAAUCAGCAGGUUCAUAUCAUAAAAAAGGGACUCAGCAAUUCCACCAGUAACCAGGGCUCUGGACCCUAGAAGGAUAUGAUCAAACACUAAAUGAUUAUAUAUGCAAAUAAAUGAAUGGCCAGAUACAGACCUAGCACUGUUUAAUUAAACAUUUCUGCUUCUUCCUUCCUCAAUAGCAGUUCUUGAGGCUUCAAAUGAAUGCUGGGAACCAAGGCAACAGUGUUAAGAGCACUCAAGAUUGAAGGAGUUUGGCGUAUGAAAGAUAGUUUUGUUUUGUUUUUAAAGGAAACUUAAGCACCACAUAGAAAUGAAGAGUUCCAAGUGGGAUCAGCAACAAAAUGUUACAGUGCAGAAUGUUCCUGUUCAGGUUGCCAGCCAUGCCCUUUUUUUUUAUUAUAUUUCAUUCCAUACUCGCCCUUGCAGUUUUCUGUCCCUCCCCGUCACAUUAGGUAACCAGCAUUCUGUGGUUACCUAUCCAUCUUCAUUGGGCUGUUCUUGUGUUUCACCCCACAUUUCCUCCCUAAGCACUUUUUGUACUUCUCCCAGGUCUUCAGAUAGCUCUAACUUGUCUGUGGGUGGUGCUGUUUUGGCUACAUAGGGACCUACACUCAGAAAAAUGAGUUUUCCGUUACUAUAUAAGAAGAAUAUAGGAUCAUCCAGAUAAGAGUUGGAUCAGGUGGGUGUUAGAUAUAGCAGUUCCCCUUUAAUGUUUCUGGAUUUGAUUAUUGCUCUGUGUUGGGGACCACAGCUUCCAUCAUCCCUGACCAUUGGUCAUGGUGGCUGGGGCUGAUGCAGUCCAACAGCAUCUUGGGGUGGGGGGACAGGUUCCCCAUUCCUGCCCUGUAAGUAACAUUUCCAAGUCAGAGUGGCCAUCAGAAUUAAAAUGUUUCGAAGGAGGUCGAUUGAGCUUCUUUGCCAAGAUUGCUGAUGUGUGAUUCCUCCAAAACCCAUUUACAAAAGUCUGUUCUUGUGCUUGCAUUCAGUUACGUAGAUUACAUUGUUAGACAUGCAGGUGACAUUCUAUUUAACAAAUAGGUCUUAUCGCUUGUUCUGCUUUUUAAAUAUGAGUGUUUUUGCAAGGUAAGUGCAGGUGACUGGGUUCACCUGUCUGUGACUAGCAUUUCAGGGAGAAGGCUGGAUUCAAACAUUACCUUGACAUGCUAGAUUUCCACAGGCAAAGACUUUUCCUUUGAUAUGGAAGAGUGUUCAAAUAUUUGAUCUCCCACUGUUACCAGCCCCUGCAUUCUGAAGUGGUACAGCUCAACACCAGGUGUGUCAUGCCUUGAUAUUGUACCUCGGUUCCUACUGACUCAUGAAAGGCUCUAGAAUCGAGGAUGGGUCUCCUUUUAAAGGGAUGGGCAAUGCUUAAAAUAAUUCGUGAUUUCACUAUUCAGAAGGGUUAGCCCAAGGUGUCCUGGCCCCAAGUGCGUACAAAGGACAGCAUAAAAAUACUAGCAUAAAAGCACCAUGUUUUGAAUUUCUGUGUAAUAAUUAUUUAAUGUUCCACCAGUGAUGGGUGUAGCAACUUUGUAUUAUAUUUUAUAAAAAUAAAAGAUUUUAUGUGCGC